UUCUGUUUUAUUUACACCAAGACAAGGUCUCUGGGCAACCACCAGACAGGACCCUGGUUUUGUUGUAUUAUACUCUCUUCAUUUUUAUUUCUUGAAAUUGAUUAUUAUUACUAAAUCCAUCAACCUCAUGUCUAUCCUCCCUAAACACCCACCCGACACGAAAACCUACCGGUUUAUCCCCGCGUAACAAUGCCCGAUGACCGACGGCGCAUCAUCCUCGAGAAGUCCCGCACCGUCCGUCGCCGAUACCAACGCAGCAACAAACGAUUCCAGUUCAGUGCGUCCCAGAUCGCACGGAUAGAACGAGAGGAGGAGCGGGAGCGCCGAGCGCAGAAGCUCCGCGAGAAAGAGAAACGUCGGGUUGCAGAUAAGAAGAAGCGCGCGGAGAAGGAAGCAAAGGCCCGAGAGGAACGGCAGCGGUUGGGACUUCCGGAUCCUAAUGCGUCAAAUGUGCCAGCAAGCCAGCCCUUACUUUUCAAUUUCAUUAAGAAGGCUCCGGCGCCGUCUGUUUCUGGAAAGGGGGAUGAGAGCCAACAGGACACAGGGUCUGCGGGCUCGGAGACGGAAAGCACCGAGGUUGCCACCGAUAUUGAUGGUAGCCAGCACUCGGAGCUGGAUAACCAUGAAUUGGUUGCUCUUGCUGAUGAGGAUGAAUCUACCAUUGGUAAUGAGGGGGAAAUGUGUGGUGGAGAAACAUGCGGCGACGAAGACGAAGAGUUCUCCGACUGCUCCAUCUUUUACGACGAGGAUAUUAUCAAAGCGGCAGAGACUAUUGUAACUGUGCAGGACAUAGAGGACAAGGCCUUAUACGCUCCAGCUCCGCCUGGCUUGUUUGCAAGCGACUCCUUCCAAGAUGACACGGCGGCCUUUUUGGAAGAAUUUGGACACGAAUUUGACCCUGGGGCGAGUUUCGAGCAGGAAUUGGCCCAGCUGGAUUGAGGGUGAUCAUACGCGAACCAUCUUACCUUUUUUUCCUCCUUCGGUUCACAUUAUUACCUACUUGACACACCGGUGGUGAUUGUAGAGUAACUAUAUUUGGAUGAGCUUAUCCGAUCCGACGGGAGUAGGCACAGUUCUUCGGAUCACGGUUGCCCCUCUCUUCGGCUCAGGCGGUGAUAUGCUGAACGGUCAAUUUGGUUCCCCGUUCCACCAUCCGACGGAUUCUUAAGAACAUAGCCGCUGGUGGAACAGUUGGAAAUUCACGAUCGAAGCAUGUUCCACCCCAGGACAA